AUGGAGUCUUGGAAGGUGGGCACUGAUUUCUGCUCAUGGGAUGGGGUUACGUGUGAUAGGGUGAGGGGGAACAUGAUUGGCCUUGACCUCAAUUGUAGCUGGCUUUAUGGCACCAUCCCUUCAAACAUUAGCCUCUUUCUUCUCCCUCACCUACAACAUCUGAACCUUGCUUUCAACGACUUCUCUAUUUCGCCAAUUUCAUCUGGAUUUGGUCAAUUUGCUAGGUUGACAUAUCUUAACCUUUCAAGCUCUUGGUUUUCUAGCCAAGUCCCUCUUAAAUUAUCCCACCUCUCCCAAUUGACCUCACUAGAUCUCUCUCCCGAUGGAUUCGUUUACCUUGAUGCAUCUGUUAUGAAGAGGCUUGUCAAAAAAUUGAACAAGUUAAGAGAACUUCAACUUGAUGAAGUUGACAAGUCCCUUGUUCCGGUUAGUUCUUUCAUGAAUUUGUCUUCUUCUUUGACAUCCCUUACUCUCGAAGCUUGUCAAUUGAGUGGGAGGAUGUCAAAUAACAUUUUCCACCUUCCAAACUUACACGAGCGCAAUCUAAAGGAAAAUAGAGAACUCAUGGGGAUUUUCCCAAUGGCAAAUUGGACCAAUCCCCUAAGAUUCUUGGAUGUCUCUUCGACGACUUUUUCAGGAGAAUUACUGAAAUCAAUUGGCAAUCUGAAAUUCUUGAGGAAUUUGGGAUUGAAUGAAUGCAAUCUUGAUAUUUCAUCAAAUAAUCUGAGUGGCAUUGUGGAUUUUGAUAAGCUCACAAAGCUCAAGUAUCAACAGGAUCUUGAUCUUUCAUAUAACAGUUUAUCUUUAAGCAUCAAAAAGAUAAUGUUUUCUAGGAGUAACUCUGUCUCUGUUUGUGUGGUCAUGUUGGGAGUGGUUGUGGACCAUGUGCUGGCAUCGAAAGCAAUGGUGGUGGGGCAGAAAAUGAUUUUCGCUUUAAGAGGCGGAAAACAUUAUCCAUAA